AUGCCUUCAGAGGACGCUACUCCCCUGGUGAUUGACAACGGUUCCGGUAUGUGCAAGGCAGGAUUCGCCGGAGACGAUGCACCCAGAGCUGUGUUUCCCUCCAUCGUGGGUCGUCCAAGGCAUCAGGGUGUGAUGGUUGGAAUGGGACAGAAAGACAGUUACGUUGGGGACGAAGCGCAGUCGAAACGGGGCAUCCUAACUCUGAAGUACCCCAUCGAACACGGGAUAGUAAAUAACUGGGAUGAUAUGGAGAAAAUUUGGCAUCACACAUUCUACAACGAAUUGCGUGUUGCGCCGGAGGAGCAUCCGGCCCUGCUCACUGAAGCUCCGCUGAAUCCGAAAGCAAACAGAGAAAAGAUGCUUCAGAUAAUGUUCGAAACAUUCAAUUCACCAGCGGUGUACGUUGCCAUUCAAGCAGUUCUAUCACUGUACGCCUCCGGUCGCACUACCGGCAUUGUGUUGGACUCGGGCGAUGGUGUGUCACACACAGUGCCCAUCUAUGAGGGUUACGCGUUGCCCCAUGCUAUCAUCCGUCUCGACUUGGCUGGACGUGAUCUGACUGACUACUUGAUGAAGAUUUUGACUGAACGUGGUUACAGUUUCACUACGACAGCGGAGCGCGAGAUAGUGCGUGACAUAAAAGAGAAACUGUGCUACGUCGCCUUGGACUUUGAGCAGGAGAUGCAAACGGCUUCAGCGAGCUCAUCGUUGGAGAAGAGUUACGAGUUACCUGACGGCCAAGUGCUUACCAUUGGUAACGAGCGCUUCCGGUGUCCUGAGACGAUGUUGCAGCCAGCCUUCAUUGGUAUGGAAGCAGCCGGAGUGCAUGAAACCACCUACAAUUCCAUAAUGAAAUGUGAUGUCGACAUUCGCAAAGAUCUCUAUGCCAACGUUGUCCUAUCCGGUGGUACGACUAUGUUUCCAGGGUUGGCGGAUCGUUUGCAAAAGGAAAUCACCCAGUUGGCACCACCGACGAUGAAGAUCAAACUUGUUGCUCCUUCUGAGCGCAAGUACUCUGUAUGGAUUGGGGGGUCCAUCCUAUCUUCAUUGUCCACAUUCCAACAAAUGUGGAUUGCAAAACAGGAGUAUGACGAAUUCGGACCCUCUAUUGUUCACCGUAAAUGCUUUUGA